AUGAGCGCUGAAGAAAGUUUAAAUCUGUCUUCUUUGAGAGAUAAGAUAUCUUCAAAAUUGAGCAAGAAGAAGACGACGACGACUAAAAAAGCUCCAACUAGUGAAGAUGAUAUUGUAUUACGUCGUGAAGCUAUGGCUUUAGGUGCUACUGAAAAUGAUUUGAAUCUGAUUAAGGACGUCAAGGCUGAUAAUGAAGCUGAGGCUAGUGAACAAGAAUUUUCUGGAGAUGAAGCUGAUCCUGCCUUGAAAGAAGAUUUGAAGAAGUUCGUUAAAGAUAUUGGAUUUAAUGAUGAAACAAAUUCAAAAGAUGUCGAACAGAAGGACGAGGAAGAACAAGAUGAAAAACUUAGUUCUGAAGAAGACAUUGAAGAAGAACAAGAACAGGAAGAAGAACCAGAAGAACAAGAACAAAGUUCUGAAGAAGAACAAGAAUCCGAUGUAGAAGAAGAAGAAGUUACAAAAGUUAAACAAGAUAGUGGGUUUGUUUCUCAAUCGACAAUGUUAAAUACAGAUAAAUUAUUGAUUCAAAUUGAUACUCCAUGGUAUAGCGUUCCAUUAGAUCCUCAAGUUACCGAAAAUAUUAAAAAUAACGUGGAUACAUUCAUGUCUAAUGAUAAAAUUGAAAGUUUAUUAGAAAGAGGGAAAUUAGCUUUAGAAUCAGAUAACCAAUUAUUUUAUGAUGAAUUUACUAAAGAAUCUUCUCAAAGAAAAUUUAUGUCUCAAAUGCUAUCAGAUGGUACUUUAAGCGAUAAAAUAUCAGCUUUAACUUUAUUGAUUCAAGAAUCUCCAAUACACAAUAUGAAAUCAUUAGAUACUUUAUUUUCUUACUGUAAUAAGAAAUCAAGAAAUUCUCAAUUACAAAGUAUUAAUGCAUUGAAGGAUUUAUUCCUUAAUGGACUUUUACCAGAUAGAAAAUUAAGAUAUUUUAAGAAUCAACCUGGUUUAUCAAUGAUGUUAAAUAAACGUACUUUGGCAAUUUUUUAUUUUGAAGAUUACCUUAAGAAAUUUUUCUUUAGAAUCCUUGAAGUACUUGAAAAAAUUUCUCAUGAUCCAAUUAUUCAUGUUAGAUCUCAAACUUUAACUCAUGUCUUUGAUAUGAUAACUAAAAAACCUGAACAAGAAUUUAAUUUAUUGAGAUUAGGUGUCAAUAAAUUAGGUGAUAUCGAUUCAAAAGUUUCAUCGAAGACUUCUUACUUAUUAUUAUCUUUAGAACAAGCUCAUCCAAAUAUGAAGAGUGUCAUUAUUGACUCAAUUGUAGAUAUUGCAUUAAGACCAAACGCUGAUUAUCAUGCUAUCUAUUAUUCUGUGAUCACAUUGAAUCAAACAAUUUUAAAGAGAUCUGAUGAUGAAGUUGCCAAUAAAUUGAUCAAGACAUAUUUUACAUUGUUUAGUAAAUUCUUAAUCACUAAUGAUCAUGAACAAAAUGAUGAUGUUGAAGUGAAAAGUGACGCUAAAGGUUAUGAAAAGAAGAGAAAGAAAAAUUUCAAAAGAGGGAAAAAUGGUGGGAAAUCUGUUAAGAAUGAAAAAACUGAUGCUGAAGUCUUGAAUGAAAAGAAUUCUAAGCUUUUCAGUGCUUUGUUGACUGGUAUUAACCGUGCUUUCCCAUUUGCACAAUUGCCUGCUUCUGUUUAUGAAACUCAUUUAGAGACUUUAUUCAGAAUUACUCAUUCUGCAAACUUUAAUACCUCUGUUCAAGCUCUUGUUUUGAUUAAUCAAGUCACAAUUAAAGCCAAAUUGAAUAAUGAUAGAUAUUAUAGAACACUUUAUGAGGCUCUGUUAGACCAGAGAUUAUUAAAUUCAUCUAAACAAGGUAUCUUCUUAAAUCUUUUAUUUAAAUCUUUGAAGCAAGACGCAGCCAAUGUUGCCCGUGUAGAGGCAUUUGUGAAGAGAAUCUUACAGGUUUCAGCACAUUGGUUAAACAUUGGUACUACUACUGGUUUCUUGUACCUUUUGAUACAACUAAGUAAGAUGGUUCCACAAAUAAGAAAUCUAUUAACUAACUCUCCAAUGGAUGAUGAAUAUUUAAGUGAUGAUGAAGAGAAGACAGAAAAUGCUGAUGGCAAGAUAAAAAGUAUUUACGAUAGCCGUAAACGUGAUCCAAGAUUUGCUAAUGCCGAUAAAUCUUCAUUAUGGGAAAUCACUCACUUCUUGAACCAUUUCCAUCCAACUGUCCAAACUUACGCCAAUGCCUUCGUUGAAAACAGCACAACAGAUAUCACAAAACCAGACCUGGGUCUGUUUACAUUGACUCACUUCUUGGAUAGAUUUGUCUACAGAAAUGCUAAACAAAAACCAAUAAACAGAGGUAGCUCUAUUAUGCAACCUCUAUUUGGUGGUUCUAAGAUCAAUGAUGCAUUAUUGGUUAAAGCCUCAGAUAUGAGUCCUGAAAAUGCUCCUGUAAACACAGAAAACUGGCUUGACAAGAAAAUGGAAGAUAUCAAACCUGAAGAUAAGUUCUUCUACCAAUAUUUCUCUAGCAAAAAGAAUGCAAUCAAGAAACAAAAGGAUGCAACCUCUGACAACUUUGAUGAAGAUGAUGAAAUGGAUGAAGAUGAAAUCUGGAACGCUUUGGUCAAAUCUAGACCAGAGGUUGAAGAUGAUAGUGAGGAUGAUAUCGGCUUUGAUGAUGAAGAUCUGGGCUCCAUGAGUGAUUCUGAUUCGGAUGAUGGUCUGGAUGCUGCCAUGAACAACUCGGAUGAUGAGGAUGAAAGUGAUGAGCCUGCUGAACUUCAAACCUUACCAGAAUCAGGUGAGUCGGACGAAGGUGAAAAUGAGGAUGUAUUUUAUAGCUUUGCCGAUGAAAAGGACGAGCCUUCAGGUAAACGUUCAUUAGAUGAUGCUGGGGAAAGUGAGAAGGAGAAGAAGAAGAGAAAGAAGCAAAAGAUGAAGGAAUUACCAUUAUUCGCAUCCGCCGAUGAUUAUGCCAAAUACAUGGAGUCUGACUCUGAUUAA